AUGUCAUAUGCUCAAGUUGCUUCAACUCAACCUUCCCAAUCCACUAUGAUUGAUAACCCCCAACAACUUCUUAACCCCACUGUCCCUCUCAAUACUUCCUUUUCAUUAUUUAAUUGGAAGAAUACUUCCUCAUCCCUUAAAAACCGUCCCUUUAUGGGUCGUUCCACUCCUCUCUCAGCAUCUCCAAACUCUCUUUUUCUUGAUACUCGCUCUCAUAAAGUUCCUGACCAGUUUCUUGUUGACAAAUUUAAAAAUGAACUCAUUGGGGUAGCUUUCAACCCCAAUUUGGGUUUUCUUGAACUGGUCUUUGCAAGCAAAGAAAUAUUUGAAAAAUAUCUGGAUGAGCCUUUUGAAUACAACUCCAAAUCUAUCUAUCUCUCCCCUCCAAAAGGUCACCCAAGGAAAAAACUGGUACUCCACCUACAUGGUUUGCCUAUCCUAGGCAAAGAAACCCUUUCUCCUAUUAUCUCUUCUGCUCUUUCAGAAUUUGGUAAUAUUAUUGAAGUUGCUCCUGUUGUCAUUUCUGGUACUAAUCUUUUGACUCCCAAGUGGGAUGUAGUCAUUGAACCCAAUUAUAAGAAGAAUAUCCCAACCUGUCUUACUAUUCUUGACAGCACUGUAGUAUUGACUUGGGUCAACUCUCCCAAAGUCUGUCUUCAUUGCAAGGAAGAUGGACAUCUCCAUUCUGAAUGUCCCAAAAGAUCUCUACCAAGACAUCCAAUUACCAAUCUUGCUACUAUCACACUUGAUACCAGUACUAACAAUUUCCCUAAUCUCUCAAAUAUAGCUAACCAUAAAAGUUCCUCCUCUACUAACAAUUCUAAGUCCAUUCCCAAAAUCCAAAUCACCUCUCUAGAUUCCAUGAAGAAAAAUCACCCAACCCAACAAUCCUCAACAGAUCUCAAUCUAUUACAAUGCUAA